CCUUCUAUGUUCUCUUUCAUCCCCCUUAUAAAAUUAAAACGUUUGUAGGAUUGACAUUUUUAACCUAUCGAAAUCAACGCUCGAUAACUUCGAUCGAUCGAUAAUUACUUUAUUGUUUUUUCGAGAUAUCUCGAAAGAUUUGGAUACUAUUAUUUAGCCAAGUUCGUUACUCUUUUAAGAUUUUAUAUGACAAUGUCGGCUUAAUCGUAUUGCUCGCUUUUCUUUUCCGUAAAUACUGGUUUCGUUCGAAAGGUGACAAAUUAACGAUAACGAAGGAAAUCGUCGUAUUAAUUUCUUCGAAAAGUUCGAACACGUGCAUACGCGAGCAUUCACACGUAGAUUUGAUCACGGUGGAACGUCCGAAUGACUUGGUUCGCGUCAUCUCUUCAAGAUUUCUCGUAAGCGCGUUUCUUCGAUUUAGGUAAAACCCGAAAAAACGGUCUGACGUUAUUUGCGAUAACGUUCCGCAUUUAUUAAAGUUGAUGAAUUUCAGUUUUAUGUUUAGUUUCCACUCGCUUGUGCUUUAUUGCUCUUUCGUCGUAACAAAGAACAAAUCGUGCCUUGGAGGAAUUCACGAGACGAUUUAUACGACUUUUUUUCCCUCUUUAUUACAUUUUCUAAGAGACGUUUAAGAUGCCGAAUUUAUUUCUAACGAAUUCGUAAUAAGCGUUUCUAUGAUUCUCCUUACGACAAUUGUGACCGAUUAUUUCAAUCAAUUAUCGUUUUCAUGUAAUGCAUCGGAACCAAUCAGAGCUUUUGAAUACUUUUUUGUAUUUGUUAAACGACGUCGAUAUGUGUAAUCUUCGAUCAAGACCGUUAUCGAAUUAAAUCGAAAGAUCGAUAUCGUUCAACGUCUACGAGACAAAUUUUGAUAAUAUGGCGCGCGUUUUGCACAUUGCGUUAUGCACAUUUAAAAAUAUACGUAUUUUAUAUAUUUAAAAAUCUCGAACCGUACGUUGGAUCCUGUGAAUUUACGUUGUACCUUUGUACGAGAGAAAUUAAUCGCGUUUAUUUUCAUACUUUCAAGUUCGUAAUUUUUCUGCCAAAUAUGUCGACGUAAUUCGCGACUCUGUCUGGUUUUUCGAACUUGGUGAGGUUAACUUAUCUAAAACAAUUAAGACAUCUUGAUGAUAAAUCAAAUUGAUGCGAUAAAAGGUCAGAUAAAAGUAGUCGCACGUACCAUCCGUCGUUACGUUUGUUUUAAGAUGGAAUAUUAUGCAAUUUACUUUAUAUAUAUAUGUAUAUAACAGUCAAUUAUUAUACCAUAAUAACUAUUAUCUAUCGAGAUAACAGUCGUUAUUCGUAAAAUAAUUAGUUCGACAACACGAAGCGAGUUUCUUCGGUUGAAAUCGCAUAUUAUUUAGAUAUCAUAAAGUGAAUAUUCGUAAAAAAAAAAGACAAAAGAAAAAGAGGAAAAGAAAUACUUUUCGACAAGUUAAUCGAUUAAUUAUCCGCGUCAGAUUUUACACACGUCAUAGAUGAGUCAAGACUAUUAGGAAGAAAGACCAGCGAAAUGCAUCGACACGUGGGAAUAUUAACAAUCCUGACGACCUUUGCCUGUGCUGAGAAUAUUCUAAUGACCGAGGUCUUUGUCAUACCUAUCAGACCGGAAACUUUCGAUUGGAGUCCAGAUGAAGGAAAAUACGAUCAGUUUACGUACCAACCGUCCUUGCUCAACGCUCCCGAUCUUCCUUCAUGGAUUCACUAUGUUCAUAGUAAAAGAGAUCACGGUGGAUUUCUUUAUGGUGUCGCACCCAAAAAUCAAAAAUAUUUUCAAUUGGAGAUUGUUGGUCUGAACAAGCACACGUACGAGACGAAAUAUAAAGUACUCGACAUCAACGUUCUUGAGAAACAGAAUUUAACGAGAUAUGAGGUCAACUUAAAAAUCGAUAAUCUCAAUGUGGAAGAUACGUUUGGUCGUAAUCGAACCGAAAAACUUCUUGAUGUUUUCAGAAACAAACUUUGGACGACUGCCACGGAUUUGUAUGUCACUUUUCUGGCUUCAGCGGUCGAACUCGGUGCACGUUUACCCCUUAAACCCGGAGAAAGCGAGGGAGUCGUCAUGAGACUGGGCAGUUCGGUACCAUUUUCACAAGAAUUGAUUGAACUUCAAAAGGAAGUAAAACCGCUUUGGAAGUUACUACCAUCCUGUCCAAGAGAUUUGAAAAGAACGAGCGUGGAGAGACUGUUCAGAGAAGCCGGUUUCUUAUUGGAUUGGUGUUCCUUCAAACUGAUCACAAGCGACGAGCAACCAGGAAGUUCGAGACAUGGACCGAGUAUGAACAUCGUUGGUUUACCGUCUUCUGGAAUCUCUGAACAUAGCGAAUGGCAAUGGGCGAGAUCAACGAAAGCUGACAUUCCAACGAGAAGUUAUUUCAAAGAAAUCGUUACAACGAUCUUCGUACCAACGAUAUUACUUCUUCUUUUGGCCACUUCUCUGAGUACAGCACUUUGUCUUCAUCGUGACAAAAUCAAAAAAACAGAAUCUUCGUCGGUAGAAACAAUGAGCAAGAAUGGAGUGCAAAUGGUACAAUAUGUAGCUCCUGAGAGAGGUACUUUGAGAUCUUUAUCUGUACCACCUUCUAGUCCUAAUGACUCUUUAACACGUACACCGAGAAUUUCUAAUGAACGUUGUAAUCCAUAUAUUCGACCUAAUCCACCACCUUAUACUGGACCAAGCAAUUUUGUAGGUAUGAGGACAGAUUUCUGACUAUACGAGGAGCCAGGAAAAACGUGGUUUUGCUAAGCACAUACGAUAAAAAUACAUUUGCGCUUUGGACAGAGAAAUUGCAAAAUCAUCGAAACUGGCUCCAUAAAUUAUAAUUAGUGCUUAAAUCAACGAUAGAGUAGUUAACUUAAUUAAGUGUGCUCUACAUAUUUCAUUUAAAGGAGCCUUAGACUAUAUAACAUAAAAUGAUAAUCUUUUAAUAAUAACAAAUAAAGUUAUAAUAAAAUUGUUUAAAUCUC